CUUCACUCUGCCUCCAUGACCAUGAAGAGCAUUGCCUUCAGACCGCAGCGCAGUUCAGGCCCCAAAGGGCUGGUCUGCUACUGCUGCCAGUUCUCCACCUUCUCAGCCGCACAUUGUAGCCCUUUCCUGGCACAACAGAACCCCGUCAGCCGGGCAAACCGCAGGGUAAAUCCGGGGGCAUUGCGGCCGAAGGGGAUUCCAUCACUCCCAUUGAUAUAUUCGCAGCCUAUCUCCCGACGAUUUGCUUCGAAGAAAGCGAAGGCAGCCUCUACUGCUGACUUGGAAGCAGCCUUGCGACAAGUCGGCCAGGAAUCGUCGCAUAUCCGCAAUUCAGGUUCUGUCCCCUCCAACGAAUCUGUGGUCCAAUUACUUCAGAGAUGUGAAGAAAUCGCCUCAGCGCUCGUCUUGCGAGAACAGGAUGGAGGAAAGUCAUUUCCAGCAAAGGACAAGGGCAAUGCGACCUCAUCGUUACUGAACCUAGAAGAGGAAAAGAGCAGCAACAGAACGACGACUACGAAAAGACAACGACAACUAAAAGCAGUAAUGCCAGGCACGAAUAGCGUCCAAUCGCAUCUGGCGAAUUCCGUGUCGAAGAUAGUCAACGGCAUCGUGAAGGACGAGAAAGUCUUCAUCUCUCCCGAAGCCCUAGCUUCCUACACGAAGAUCCAAACCCUGCUGAAACGCGCCGACGAUUUCCCCGAGAUCUUCCGUCUCUACGCCCACAAGCCCAUUCCUGAGGAAAACAGUUCGCCGGUCAAAUACCACAAACCUAACCCCAAGGGCGUUAAUAGUGCUGUCCCUGCAGAUAUCGCCAAUAUGGCCCUCGACGUAGCCAUCGAGCAAAAGGACCUGCCGCUCGUUCUGAAUAUCAUCGAUAAUACCUUCUGCACUCCCGCAUUCCACCGUGCGAAAUUCUUUAAAAAGGCUGCGGUUCCGCUAGGUGCAUUGGCUGCUACACCUGCUGCAAGUUACGCCAUUGCGUCCUGGGUGUCGUCGUUCCAGAAUACCAUGGAUCCCAGUACAGCAACAGGGAUCACGCUGGCUGCCAUCCUGGCAUAUGUCGGGGGCGUGUCGUCGAUGGGGAUGAUCUCCAUCGCCACCGCAAAUGAUCAGAUGGAACGUGUUGUUUGGAUGCCUGGGGUUCCGUUGCGGCUUCGUUGGAUUCGUGAGGAAGAGCGCGCAGCCCUAGAUAAAGUCGCUGUUGCUUGGGGGUUCAAGGACGUUUCGAUGAGAGGUGAGGAAGAAGGCGAAGAAUGGGAUAGCCUGCGUGAGUUCAUCGGGAUUAGAGGUAUGAUUCUGGACAAAACCGAUUUGAUGCCUGGAAUGCAGUGAGUCCCAUGGCAAGUUGGGUUGACCUACUGAAGACUACGAUUCUUACGAUGUAGAUAUACCUAUAUAUAGUCGCUUUUGCCGAGAUGGAACUGUAUGCCAAUAAUAAUCCAAAACGUGACUCAGAAAUAUUUACCGUCAAAGCGGGAAAUAGUAGCUCACUUAUGUGAUCGAAUGCAAGAAGAACGGGUUAAGUCAUGA